GUACGUGUCUGCCUGACUGUUUGCCUGCCUGCCUGCCUGCCUGCCGAGUGUGUGCCCAACGUGAACUUCCAUCAGAACCACAUUUGAUUCAGUGGGAGUGACAUCCGGUCACCCCUAGUCUUUGUGCCACGUCGUUUGCAGACUUCAUUGGUUACCUUCUGCGUCCAAGCUUGUUGCGAACUUGCCCUAAGCCGUCAUUCAAUCAUAUAACACCCACCUCCCUGCCCAUCAGACCGUACGCGAUGGGCGACAAUACGGGAUCGACUCCGAGCUGGGAGGACCUCGCCCGCGACAAGCGAGAACGACUCGCCGCCAAGAUACCGACGGAGUGGCGGCUCAAGGAGCUGCCAACCACUGAUUCCGUCAUCGACUUCCCGCGGGCGUCGGGACUACUGUCCGCCACCGAAAUCGGCAUCACUGAGACGUCUGCUUCGAGCUUGGUGGCUGAUCUGGCCGCUGGGCGCCUCAAGUCUGUCAAUGUGGUGCUGGCGUUCUGUAAAAGAGCUGCUAUAGCUCAGCAGCUAACCAACUGCAUGCUCGAGUUUGACACGGAGAUGGCGCUGGCACGGGCCAAAGUACUCGAUGAAUACCACGCUCAGCAUGGGAAGCCGGUCGGUCCUCUGCACGGCUUGCCAGUCUCUCUUAAAGAUCAGCUGCACGUAAAGGGCCUCGAAACGUCCAUGGGCUACAUCGCCUGGCUCGGCAAGCCCGCCACCAAGGAGUCCGUCCUCACGACCCUCCUCCGCCAGGCCGGCGCAGUUUUCUACACAAAGACGAGCGUGCCGCAGACGCUCAUGGUCGGCGAGACGUUCAACAACAUUGUCGGCCUCACCACGAACCCGCGCAAUAAGAACUGGUCCCCAGGCGGCAGUUCCGGCGGCGAGGGUGCCCUGCUCGCCCUCCGCGGCUCCUGUUUGGGCGUCGGCACGGACAUCGGCGGCUCGAUCCGCAUCCCUGCCGCGUUCAACUCCCUGUACGGCAUCCGGCCGUGCCACGGGCGUCUGCCGUACGCGGGCAUGGCGAACAGCAUGGCAGGCCAGGAGACUAUCCCUAGUGUUGUUGGACCUUUGGGGCAUUCCGCAGCCGACUUGAGGUUGUUUAUGAAGGCCGUGCUUGCGCAGAAGCCAUGGCUAUACGACUCCAAGACAGUCCCGCUCCCAUGGAGACAGGAGAUUGAAGACGAGACACUUGUCAAGAUCAAGACCAAGACGCUGAACAUUGGCUUCUAUGAGACCGACGGCAUGGCCCUGCCACACCCUCCAAUCCUCCGCGCAAUCAAGGAAGCCGUUGAGAAGCUCAAGCAAGCGGGCCACAACGUCGUCCCGUGGACGCCAUACAAGCACGACGUGCCCUACUAUCUGCUUAAGGAGCUUGACAAGGCUGAUGCCGGCGCGGACCUCCACCGCGACAUCAGCGCCUCUGGGGAGCCCGCGAUCGACCUGAUCAAGAACUACGUCUACAGGCACACCAAGCAGCUCGGCAACAACGAGGUCUGGGACCUGCAGACGCAGAAGUGGCGCUACCAGACCGAGUACCUCGACCAGUGGCGCGAGUUCGAGGCCACGACCCUGGGACCCGGCGCCGAGCUCGACGCCAUCAUCGCGCCCGUCGCGCCCACGGCGGCCGUCCGCCACGGCAAGUACCGAUACUACGGGUACACGGGGGUGCUCAACAUGCUCGACUUUACGAGCGUCGUCGUGCCCGUGGGCUUCGCGGACAAGGACAGGGACGUGCCGAACACGGGGUACGUGCCCGUCAGCGAGCUGGACAGCGACGUGCAGGCCGAGUACGACCCGGAGGCGUACCAUGGCGCGCCGACGGCGGUGCAGGUCAUCGGGCGGAGGCUGAGCGAGGAGAAGACUCUCGCUAUCGCGGAGGAGCUGGGGAGGCUACUGCAUUCGCAAAAGACGGGACCGUCGGUUAGAGCGUUGUAGACAUCAGGAGCCGGCGCGUGUUUUUACAAGCGGGUGAUGAUGAGAUAGACCGAAGAACUCAAUUAGCUCGGGAUACCGGUUUUUCUUGU